AGCCAGUCAACAAACCGGCUCGAUCCGAACAGCGCAACCGCAUUAAAAUGUCGCAGAAACUCCAAUCCACUUUGACGACGAGCGUGACGCUCCUGGAACAAUUUCAGGGUGCCCUUGCCUCCUCUUCCAGCGAUAUUUCCUCUUCCACCGACCUCUCCGCAAAAGAUGCUUUACCCCUCCUCUCCGCCGCGUCGACGACCCUGAAAUCGCAAGCCACCAAGCUCUCGCUCCUCACGAUUACUUCUCCCUUCACCCCCUCUGCUGCCACGAGUGUUAUCAACGCCUUGAAUGAGUCUGUGCUGCCCUCCCUGGUCGCCGCAGCACUCCUCGUCACCCCGGCCCAUCACACCAAGGCGUUCCAAUCCGAAGUGCAUGCUCUGACCCAAACAGCACUGAAAGAGACGACAGUACUACUCCAGGAGGUCCAGACGGUUGCGAACAAGGCGGAGGAUGCUCAGAAGAAGGAAGGCGGCUUGUCGCAAUCAGAGAAGGAUGCGGUCACGGUGGCGGCUGGGCGCUUGUGGGACUCCUGCGAUGUCCUGAUUGAUAUCGCAGCGAAGGGUGUGGUCGGCUUUGUGGUUCGACGUGUGGAGGAAUGGAGAGAUCUUGUACGGGAUGCGGUCCAGGAGAUCGAGGAGUGGGAUCCCGAUGAGGAGGGCGAUGACUUCUUCGAUGACCUUUUGAGCGAUGACGGGAAGGGCAAGGGCGAUGAGGAUGACGAGGAGGAUGAAGAAGAAGAAGACGAAGAUGAAGAGGAUACGGCAGCUCUUCAUGAGCAGAAGAAGUCGGCUCUCCGGAUCCUGAAACCGGUUUCGCAGAUAUACCCCACCAUCACGGCCAACCGACUAAAGAAAUCUUCCGAUUCGCCGUCACUCGUCGGCAAGCUGGAAGCCUUGAUGAAAUAUCUGCAGCAGAUUCCUGGACAUAUUGACGAGGUGGCCGGCGCGUUGUACGAGGCGAACACAGAGAAAUCCCUCGAAUACAUUCGCAAGACAAAGGAUUGCGCCGUCAAGGCCGUCGACCUAGCUAGUCUUCCCUUGGAGAUGACUGAUUCUGCCGAUGCGCCGCAAGAGAAGGAGGACAAGUUCACCACUUGGGCCAGGACUUGGCUGAAGGUCAUGGACCAAGUUAGCAAGUCUGUUAUCGAUGCGACGCAGUGAAUAGGCAUGCGCAACACCACUCAUAUCGGAUUUUCAUGGUAGGUCCUUAAGUUAUAUGUUUAUGUAGCAGCAGUGAGGUCUUCCCGGGAGAGUACAUAGUCACGAUUAGGUUGCGAUAUAUUAGAUACCAAUGCUUUGUAUGUAUGU